UAGACCAUGUGCUGAGAAAGCAAUACUACGACUUUAGUGUUUGGCUCUUGGUAUUUUCGUUGUUUAUUUUCUAAUCAGGAAACGGUCAUGACGGGUCAUUUUUUCAUAUUACUGGUACUACUAUCUGUGAUAACAGGAUCAUUGUCGGCAGUCCUGUUUGAUCCAAAUAUAUAUAAUCCAUUUGUCACCUAUCAACAAACAACGCGACCUCCAAUAGUCAUUAAUCCGAUGUUUUAUCAUAUAAUAUCACCCGGAACCUCUUUAUCGACUGCAGCGACAUCUGGCCAGACGACUACAACAGGUACAACAACAGAAUCUACAACUAUAACAACAACACCUCUACUUACAACACUACCUCCUAACUUUUGUAGAACAUCAGCAGAUUGUCCAUUGGGAUCUUGCUGUCGAGAUCUAAACAAACAAGUUCUUGUGAUGUCAGAAGUAUUUGAUGCAACAGGUCCAUACAGAUCUAGAACUGCAAGAAAUGGAACAUGUUCCAACUCCAGAGCGCAGCUUGGAGAACGAUGUAAUGACUUCUGUGCCUGUGAAGUUGGUAUGACCUGCUUCAGAGAUGUAAACAAACCUUGCUGUGAACCAGCUGUCUGUCAGUAUCAAGCAGCAUUAGAGAAAAGUAUGCAAGUUUGGAUGAGAUGUUUUGAGGAUGACAGAUGUGAAGUAUUCGAAGACGAUUCUUCAGAAGAAGAUGAUGACGACAGCGACGAAUCUGUGAAAAAUUCAACUUCACAAGCAGUUAGAAAAUUUAAAGUACCAAACCAUUUAGUUCCCACAGUAAGAUCAAUGAUUGCAAAACAAAACGAUGAUGAUGAUUCCGACGAAAGUGACGAAAUUGAACUAGCAAAAUUAUUGAACAACAGCUUAAUUCAAAAUUUAACUAGAACCUUACUCGGCGACGACGAUUCUGAUGAUGACAAUGAUAGCGAAAGCUCGGAAGAAGAAGCGCUUGCUGUCCUUCUACAAGAAAUAAUUAAUAAUUUAAUGAACAAAUCAAAUACAACACCAAGUCCCACCAGUACAACAGUCUCGCCUACCUCUACGACUGAACCAUUAUUGAGUCUGUUUUAUAACCCACAAACACACACUAAUACAUUAUUGGACACCAAAUGGCAUUCGACUAAUCAUAUUAUGGACGUAAAACAGAUGAUAUCCAACCAGGCUAAAAAAUCAAACAGACAUACGAUAUUUCAAUCUUUAAAGAGAGGGCAAUCGUCUCCAGUUUUACAAUCACAACAGUCAACUCUCAUGUCUGCGAUGGGUCAAUUACAAGGAUUUGCCAACUCGGAAACCAUGAAAACAUUGAAUUCGUUGCAGGCUAACAAUAUUUUAUUAGGUGCUAGUCAAAGUAAAUCUCAUGGUUUUAGAGAGACAACAACUUUAGAUCCACUUACGGCAAUGAUUGCAGAAUCUAUUGCAUCUCAACUGAUGAUUCCCGUGCCAGCACCAUCUCCACAGCUUAGAAAAAGUAUUCCCAUGGGUGAGGUGAAUUUGCAACAUCAAUUGCCUGGGGGUGGUAUGUUUAAUUUGAAAAUAAAUUCAAACAAUAUAGCCACUACUACUCCAGUAAUGCCCGGUUUUAUAGCAGGGAACAUAGAUCCAAAUAAUAAACUUGCUCCUAAAUUAAAACGUUUGCAAUUACUUCUUGGUAAAAAGAAGACAAACGCUGCAAGGCCAGUACAACAGUACUUCCCAUUAACAAGCACAACGAUACCUCAAAUGCAGCCAAUAAGUAAUGUUGUCAAUGCUGCGGCAGCAAAUCCAAUGCUAUACAAUCAAAUGAAAAACCAACAACAGCUGAUGAAUAUGCUCAUGCUUGGAUCACAAACUGCUGAAACAUCACAAAGUGUACAAACAAAUAAACAAAUGAUGCAGAUAUUACAGUUGAUAGGCCAAUCACCACCACCACAGACAGCAACAACAACCGCAAACCCUGCAAAUCAGAUAGGAAAUACAAUAAGUAAUUACAAUGCAGCUAAAGCUUCACAGGCUAUGAAACUCUUGAAAUUUUUAAAGAAGAAAAAAGCCAACAGAAGAUUGAAAAAGGCAAGAAAAUCAAAAUCUUCGAAUAAAUUUCUUCAUUUUGAUAAGAUGGUCGUCAACAGUCUCGGGAAAAAAGAUUCCUCAACGAGAAAGGCAUUUAAGCAAUUGCAGGCACUAAGAUUAGCCUCACUGAAAGCAAAUACAUCGCUCUCUUAUAUGAAAAUCAAUAAGGUAAAUGCAACAGAAGAGAGUGACGAAUCGGAUGAAAGCGAUGAGUCAAACGAAAAAAAUUCAACUUUAAAUUUCUUGUAUGCAAUACAAAAUCAAACAAUAAAAGCAUUCAAAGUCAAAGUAAAUGAAAGUGAAGAGGACGAUAGCGAUGAAUCUGACGAAGAAAUAGACGCCUUGCUUGCAGAAAUAUUGAUCGAACUUGGCAAAAAGCCAAACGUAACACAACCAACAAGUACUACUACUACUACUACUACUACCGUAAGUCCUACAACAGCUACUAGUACUACACCUGGUACCACUGGUACCACAGGUACAACGAAUCCUGUUCCUUCAUCUACGACGAUGAAUAUAUUUAUUCAACACCUUCUCAAAAGACAAUCAACACAAAAUAUAAUUGGUCAUCAGUUAGUGCGACAAAAUGCACUUCAGACAUCUCAACAAAUGAAAACUCAAAACCUUGAUUUAAAGAGCUUGGCAUGGAACGAUGUUGUUAAUUACUUCAAGAACAAGAGGGCAGGGAUUUAAGGUUAAAUACUAUAAUCUAUACACUCUCUGGUGAAAAUAGUUGAAUGAAGUUACAUUUAAAUCUUACAACGGUCAUACAUUUUCAUUAUCCUUUUCUAUCUAAAGUCAUUGAAUCUUCUAUGACAUGAGACAUACAUUGCAACAAAUAAUUACAUGGAAAGUACUCGAAUAUUGAUAAGUUUUACAGAUUGUGGGAAAGUGAGGUAAACGCAGAAGUUUGUAUAAUGUCAUACAAAUGCUAAAAGCGAACAAAGUGAAAUGCCUUCACUGUUCAAUAAAUAUUUUUGAAUAAAUAAUUAUUGCAGAGUUAUCGAACACAUCUUAGUGUGUUUUCGCUUUUUAAUUGAUACCACACAAGUCAGGUAACACGCACAUAGAGAAUUUUGAAAUGUUUAAGCGUAGUAUAUUAAGCUUGAGUAAGUUUAGGUAAAUUAGAACCGAAAUUUCCAUUGUGGUGGGACUUCAUGGAAAUAUGUAUUGCAAUAAUAUUUAAGCAUUUUUGUGCAAUUCGUUUAACAGUAAAAACGUAGUACAGAAAAUAUUGCUUUGAAACAAUUGUAAUUGUAAAAAAUGUUUCCAAGACCAGAUAAUGGAUUAGAUCAUUCUUCUAUAGUGAAUGUUUUGUUGUAGUAAAAAAAUAUGUAUGUAACCUUUUAUGACUAAUAUUAAUUUCUUUUAAAAUAAAUGUAUGAUAUUUUCAA